AUUUUUUAUCCCUAAUUUCAGACAAUCCCUUUCCCGCUUUCGUCAAUUUAGGGUUUAGGGAUUUUGAUCUCACACCAAAAUUCCAUCUGACACUCUUGGUAAAAAAUGAUGUACGCUGAUCCUCACCAGCAUCAGCAGAAUCAGCCGCAGCCGCAGCCUGGUGGUGGGGACCACUUCCACCGUGGCCCAGCACCGCUGGGUCCUCCGCCGAUGAUGCGCCAGCCGUCUGCCUCGUCCACUACUCUCAACCCCUCUGAUUAUCAUCAUCCUUCCGCCAACCCUCCUUACGAAGCUCAUGGUGAUAGUUUUGCUGCAAAAAGAAUGAGAAAACUUACUCAGAGGAGGGCUGUUGACUAUACUAGCACUGUUGUGCGAUAUAUGCAGAUCCGAAUGUGGCAGCGGGAUUCAAGAGACAGGACAGUAUUGCAACCUACCCCAGCAGCAGCAAUUGAUAUGUUACCUACAGUUGCCUAUUCAGAUAAUCCAUCAACAAGCUUUGCAGCAAAGUUUGUUCAUACAUCUCUAAACAAGAAUCGAUGUUCAAUUAACCGGGUUUUGUGGACUCCUACUGGUAGACGUCUUAUCACUGGCUCUCAAAGCGGAGAAUUUACUCUUUGGAAUGGACAGUCAUUUAAUUUUGAAAUGAUUCUUCAGGCCCAUGAUCAUGCAAUUAGAUCAAUGGUAUGGAGCCACAACGACAAUUGGAUGGUCUCUGGUGAUGAUGGGGGUGCAAUAAAGUAUUGGCAAAACAAUAUGAAUAAUGUGAAGGCCAAUAAAUCAGCUCAUAAAGAAUCAGUCCGUGAUGUAAGUUUCUGUAGGACAGACUUGAAAUUCUGUUCCUGUUCAGAUGAUACCACUGUCAAAGUUUGGGACUUUGCUCGGUGCCAAGAAGAGCGCUUAUUAACUGGCCAUGGUUGGGAUGUUAAAAGUGUUGACUGGCACCCUACAAAAUCACUUUUAGUUUCAGGUGGAAAAGAUAACCUUGUGAAACUUUGGGAUGCUAAAAGUGGAAGAGAGCUUUGCUCUUUUCAUGGCCACAAAAAUACAGUGCUUUGUGUGAAGUGGAAUCAAAAUGGUAACUGGGUGCUAACUGCUUCCAAGGAUCAGAUAAUCAAGCUUUAUGACAUAAGAGCUAUGAAGGAGCUUGAAUCAUUCCGUGGACACCGAAAGGAUGUGACUACAUUGGCAUGGCACCCAUUCCAUGAAGAAUACUUUGUCAGUGGGAGUUUUGAUGGGUCCAUUUUCCACUGGCUUGUUGGGCAUGAAACUCCCCAGGUUGAAAUUCCCAGUGCACAUGAUAACAGUGUUUGGGACCUGGCAUGGCAUCCGAUUGGAUAUCUUCUUUGCAGUGGGAGCAACGACAACACGACAAAGUUUUGGUGUAGAAAUAGGCCAGGAGAUACAGCUCGUGACAAAUUUAAUAUGGGUCAGAACCAAGGUUAUGGUGAACAAAAUGCUGCCCUUGCUGGUCGAAUGCCUGGAAAUUUUGCUAUUCCUGAAGCACCACCAACACCAGGGCCAUUCGCACCUGGACUUACCCGAAAUGAAGGAACCAUUCCAGGUAUUGGAGUUGCAAUGCCCUUAACCAUUCCAACAUUUGAUUCAUCGGCUCAAGGGGAGCAAAAGCAGCCUUUUGGUGUUUCAAUGCCUUUAGGAGCACCUCCUCUACCACCGGGUCCACAUCCCUCUCUUCUUGCUGCCAAUCAGCAACAACAGGGAUAUCAACAAAACCCGCAGCAACAGAUUCCACAACACCAGGGACACCCUCAGCAAAUGCCCCUGCCAAUGCAACCUCCAAAUAUGCCACAGCUACAGCCUCCAUCACAUAUGCCAUUGCUGCCCCAUCCUCAUCUAUCUCGUCCACCACCGCAAAUGCCCCAACUUGGCAUGCCAUCUCAAAUCCCAUCAUCGAUGCCAGUGUCUUUGCCUCUGCCUUCAUCACAUCCAAUGCCUGGUCCAAUGGGGAUGCAAGGUACAAUGAAUCAAAUGGCUCCACCUAUUCCACAAGGUCAUUACAUGGGCCUGAAUCCAAUGCACUCGGGAUCCUUACCCACUAGUGUUGUGCCUCCUCCAGUUGGAAGCUUUCCUAAUGGUUUGUCUAAUAUGCAAGGCCCAUCGAAUCCAAGUGGAGCACAAAUGUAUCCACAGGGAGGUGGAUUUAGUCGUCCACAAGCUGGGCAAAUGCCAAUGAUGCCAGGGUUUAAUCCCUACCAGUCUGGUAAUCAAUCUGGCAUGGCGCCGCCGCUGACUGGUCCACCGCAUAGCCAAACGCCGCAGUAGGAUAUUGUUGUACUAUAUAUAUGUGAUAGCUUCACAGAGGUGCUGCUGUCUAGGACUGUCUGGAUAGGCUAUCUGUUAUUCUCACCAUGGCCCGUAUUCAUGUUUCAUUCAUUUUGUUAAAAUUUUCCCUUUCCUGUAGACAUUUAUGUUGUUACAAACUGAGUUAAAUAUUUAAUGAGAUGUCAUUGUUUUAGCAAA